GCGGGCGCCGGGGCUCGGGUCCCGCGGGGCUGAGGAGGCCUCGGCCUGACGCCGGCCACUCAGCGGCGAGAGAGCGGUCACCCGGGCGGCGGCGUCCUGGAGACCCCGGAGAGAUGGAAGCGGCGGCGGCGCCGGCGGCGGCCGAGGCGGCGAUGCACGAGGAGCUAGAUAUGGAUGUCAUGAGGCCCUUGAUAAAUGAGCAGAAUUUUGAUGGGACAUCAGAUGAAGAACAUGAACAAGAGCUCUUACCUGUGCAGAAGCAUUACCAACUUGAUGAUCAAGAGGGCAUUUCAUUUGUCCAAACUCUUAUGCAUCUACUUAAAGGAAAUAUUGGAACUGGCCUUUUAGGACUUCCAUUGGCAAUAAAAAAUGCAGGCAUAGUGCUUGGACCAAUCAGCCUUGUAUUUAUAGGAAUUAUUUCUGUUCACUGUAUGCACAUAUUGGUACGUUGCAGUCACUUUCUAUGUCAGAGGUUUAAAAAGCCAACAUUAGGUUAUAGUGACACUGUGAGUUUUGCUAUGGAAGUAAGUCCUUGGAAUUGUCUUCAGAAGCAAGCAUCAUGGGGGCGGAGUGUGGUUGAUUUUUUUCUGGUGAUAACACAGCUGGGAUUCUGUAGUGUUUAUAUUGUCUUCUUAGCUGAAAAUGUGAAACAAGUUCAUGAAGGAUUCCUGGAGAGUAAAGUGUUUGUUUCAAAUAAUACCAAUUCAUCAAGUCUGUGUGAGAGAAGAAGUGUUGACUUAAGGAUAUAUAUGCUUUGCUUUCUUCCAUUUCUAAUUCUUUUGGUCUUCAUUCGUGAGCUAAAGAAUUUAUUUGUACUUUCAUUCCUUGCCAACGUUUCCAUGGCUGUCAGUCUUGUGAUAAUUUACCAAUAUAUUGUUAGGAAUAUGCCAGAUCCCCACAACCUUCCAAUAGUGGCUGGUUGGAAAAAAUACCCACUCUUUUUUGGGACUGCUGUAUUUGCUUUUGAAGGCAUAGGGGUGGUUCUUCCACUAGAAAAUCAAAUGAAAGAAUCCAAACGCUUUCCCCAGGCAUUGAAUAUUGGCAUGGGAAUUGUUACAACUUUGUAUGUCACAUUAGCUACUUUAGGAUAUAUGUGUUUCCGUGAUGAAAUCAAAGGCAGCAUAACUUUAAAUCUUCCACAGGAUGUAUGGUUAUAUCAAUCAGUGAAAAUUCUGUAUUCCUUUGGCAUUUUUGUGACAUAUUCAAUUCAGUUCUAUGUUCCAGCAGAGAUCAUUAUCCCUGGAAUCAUAUCCAAAUUUCAUGCUAAAUGGAAGCAAAUAUGGGAACUUGGGAUAAGAUCCUUCUUAGUUAGUAUUACUUGUGCUGGAGCAAUUCUCAUUCCUCGGUUAGACAUUGUGAUUUCCUUCGUUGGAGCUGUGAGCAGCAGUACAUUGGCCCUCAUCCUACCACCUUUGGUUGAAAUUCUUACCUUUUCUAAGGACCAUUACAAUAUAUGGAUGGUCCUGAAAAAUAUUUCUAUAGCAUUUACUGGAGUUGUUGGUUUCUUAUUAGGUACAUAUGUAACUGUUGAAGAAAUUAUUUAUCCUACUCCUAAAGCUAUACCUGACUCUCCACAAAGUCCCUCUCUAAAUUUUAAUUCAACAUGCUUAGCUUCUGGUUUAAAAUAGGGGAUGAAGAAUUGUACGUCUUUUACUUUGGUUUUAAUUCUGAAAACAAUUAAUAUAGAAAUUAGUGAAAUGCAUUGCCACAUACUUAAAAAUAGUACCAAACUCUCUUUUGUUUUACCACAAUAUUGAUAGUUUGGUAUAAUUGAUAAUUCUUUACCAAUAGUAGUAAACUGUAAUAGAACCUUGGUUUUAAGUAUUAGCAAUAUUUUUUUAAAAACUUAUUUUUGAAAAUUAAAAUAUAAAAAUUAAGGGAUAGAAAUGUUUCUGUUGUUCUUCCUCUCAAUAAGAAAUACUUAAACCAAGAUUUCUUUUACCUUGAUGCUAGUGUUUUGCCACCUUGUUGAAGAGAGAACAGAAUUUCAACAAGAAGAGAAAUAAGGGCAUACAUACAAAAAUCUCUCCCCAGGCCUUCCCAGUGAUUGCCAAAGCAAACUUCAUGUUAAUGCAAAAAACAAACAAACAAACAAAAAACAAACAAAAAAACCCACUUUGAUUACAUUUUUAUUAUACAAAUACUCCUGGAAACAGAAAACUUCUGUUAACCAUAAUGUAAGCAGCAGAAAAUCCCAAAAAUCCGGAAUUAUUUUUACAUGACACCAUUAUGGUAGUUGAUCUUCAUAACCACAUCAAGAGGCACUGUGUAAAAUUCUGACUUAAACAGUUUGAGUCAGAUUUCAAAGGGAUUCUAAAGGUUACUGGUACAGCUCCCUUAUUUCUCAUGGAGGAAAUGAAUGCACAGAAAGGUUAAAAGUUCAUUGGUCAAGAAUAUGUAGCCUUAUGAUAAGAGAACCUGAUUUUCUGACUCUUAGACUAGGAUUUUUAAAAAUUCUCACAUUACAUUCAAGAGAAAGAAUAACUUAUGUUCAGUUGAACUUUAAUGUUGGGACUAUUUCAUGAUAUUUUGAUACUUUGAGAGUGGGAGUAUGAUCUAUGAACAGUAUAUGUGACCUGAGCAGAAAAUUGGAGAACUCUAGAAGCCUGUUCUAUGGUUGGAUAAGUCUCAACAAGAAAAAGAAGCAUGUUCUUUUAAAUCAGAACAGAAACCACUUGCUUGCCUCGCUGUUGGUUGGCGGAAUGUACCCAGCUAUGCUAUUUGUGUCUUGCACUUUCCUCAUUGUGUGUGUGUGUGUUUUGUUUUGUUUUGUUGUUUGUUUCCUUUCCUUGGUUUUGUAGGCACUGUUUUCCUUAAUGGCAGAAAAUAGAUAUCUGACAAAAACAGGAUAUAUGGACUCUUUCAGCCCUGUGGUUUUCCUUUUCACAGCCUUUUAUUGAUCUGAACAAGCAGAAUGAAAGAACCAUGAGGGACUUGUGCUUAGGAAAAAUCAAACCGAUAAUAAAUUGUCUACUAGAUAUUAAGGCACUCCAGGCUUCUUCCAGAGAAAUACCUUCUAUUAACUCCAUAUUUUUCAAGCCCACUCAUUAACCAAAGGAGAAUCUCAGUUGAAGAGGAAGAGAAAAUUGUUAAGUUAAAAACAUUAAGAAUAGAAUUGUCUCCUGAUUUUUCAAAGAGUUUGUACUUUAAAACAUGAACUUUUACCAUGAGCCAGGUGAUACUCUAUAAUUUGUAAUAUAUUUAAACAUAUUGUCAAGAUCACUGUAAAUAUUCUCUAUUUUUGUAUUUCAUUGUUAACUUAGUCCAAGUAUUUUUGCUUACAUCAUUAACUUGUCAUCAACUACUAGCCUAGAGAUACAGCAGAAGCUUUGUUUUGGUACAAAUUCAUAAGAAUCAAAAAUUUUUGUCACGCUUGCAUUAGAUAUCAACUGUAAUUGUGAUACUUUUAUAUCAAAUCUGUUACUUUCAUCAUACUAACAGAAUGUGGUUGGAGUUACAGGAAAAAUAGUACUAACUAGAAUGAAUAUAAUCUUGAAUCUAAGAAUAAAUUAGGUGUUUAAAAUUUUAUAAUGAUAUAAAAUGGGUUAAAAUCAUUAUUUAAUGGAAAGAAAUAUUAGGUUUUUGUCAGCUGUCUUCAGAUAAUAUUUCAGUCUUUGUGUGUGAUUUUCUUUUUAUAUAUUGAUGCGUUUUAUUUUCCUUAGGGAAUUGAUCAAAUGCAAUACAAUUUUGCAUAGUUGAUCAUAGUAAUAAAUUUCCAAUUUAGUACAAGCACAUUGUGAACAACCUGUCAACUAGGCUUUAUCUUAUGCAGUAAGCAUGGUGAAUCGACAUCUAAUACUAAGUUCACUGAAUUAACAAUACCUUAAAUACAAGAAAAAAUUGAAAUAGAGAAAUUCUUUGAUUCUUCAGAAGAGACACACACAAAGUGUAAAUGCACUUAAUUAAGGAUUUUUUUGUUCUCUUUUAUUUUCAAGAUAAUCAGUGUAUUUUUCUCUGAAAAUUUGGUUAUAAUGAGUUAAAUAUUAGGAAACCUUUGGGGAAGAUACUUUGAAUAUUCCACUGUGCUAUUCCUUGAGGGGGCCUGGAGAAAUGAGAGUUCUUGCAUCUGUCAGAUUUUGUAUCUGGUCCCUUUUGGUCCAUCACACUAUGGCUAAACCACCUUCAGUGUUUAUUGGGCACUACAGUGAAUAACUCCUCUGUGAAUGUUAGUUCAUGUGCUUUUUCUACUUGAUGAGAGGGAAAAAGAAAAACUGUUUACCUCUGAUGAGCUUUGUGCUAAGUCAGUUACUGUUCCUACAUCCAGAUAGUUUCAUCAGAAUCCACAUUGGCUUGUCAAAACACUGGCUCCUAGACAUUUUUAAUCAGAGGGUCUUUUCUCUAAGUGGCUUUUCUUGGUUAAAGACCAGUAUAGAUGGUUUACAUCAGAUGAAAAACAAGUAGUGCAUUGGCAAAUGCCACAUUAUGCCUUUUUUUGUUGUUACCCAAUCAUCUUCAAUGCUUUUUUCAUUAAAAAAUUAAGAAGCCUCUACUUGCCUCAGAGAAAUUGAAGAUACUGUGUACCAUGAAAGAUGGAUUCCAUGAAGGCUAGAGCCUAAGGAAGGAAGGUCACUGUAUAACUGCAGUACAAGGCACUGAGAUCAGCUGUGAUUCAGUUCUCCAGCACGGAGCCACUCUCUGAGAUUGGUGAUCCUUCAGGAAGGCUUGAUGUUGAAGCAACACAUUGUGAACUGGGUUUUAAAGGACAGGUAGGAGUCUCCCUGUGGUGCAACCACAUAUAGCACUAUGCUCUUUUGCCUGCCCUGGAAACAGCGUGUCAGCAUUCCCCAAGCCACAGAGGAAAUUGAAUUCUCCUUUAUUAAAACCAUUUCUGUCCCUUUCUUAGAAAAUAAGCUUACAUUUUUACAACCUCUUUAUGACAGUGUAUAUGUUGCAAAUUUCCUAACAGGGUCCAAUUUUAGUAUUUUCAUAAUGGUUAUAUAAAGGUUCUUUAACUGCAACGUACUAGAAAAUGCAAAUUAAAGUUAUGUAUUAGAGCCAUUUCUAUCUGUGGCAAAACACAGAUCAUACUACAGCUUUCCUGUAAUAAUUGACAUUGCAGAUGUCAAUACAGCAUUUGUUUAUUGAUGGUGUGUACCCAAAGUAGGUCUUACCCUCACUUUUUUUUUCAUUUAAAAAGGAGAAGAUACAGAAUAAAUCUAAUAAAUCUAUUAUUUAUAUAAUACCAGUGGCUUAACGAAUGCUAUCUGAUGAGGUGCAUAACUGUUUGGUUUGAAUUUUUAAAAAUGGAUCAAUUUUGAUUUUUUCCCACUCAGCUACCUUCUUCUUCUUAAGAAAAUUCGUGAAAUUUUCUAACAAGUUGCUUCCUAGCAAUUGGCUGGUUGUAAAGGUUAAUUCUUUGCCUGUAUUAUGCUUGAUCUUGUUUAUGUCAGCAGCAUUUAGUAGGCUAAAUAAUUCUCUGAAACUGGUUGGUUUGAACCAAGGAUAUAGGCAAAUGUGCCUAAAACUGACUAGAAAUGCCAUUUUAUUUCCCUAUGAUAAAUGAAGUGACAAACCACUCUGAUUUUUCAAGUCUCAUAUUAAAAUUAGCUAGUUGCUACUUGGCAUGCAUGCAUGCAAGGAUAGAGAGACGUAUAUAUCAGUAGUCUAUGUGAACCAGAUACAAAUACUAAUAGGUCAUUUAAAUUGGAUCCAGAGAGAAAUGUUGAAAAGAUCACUCUAAAACAUUGUAUUCAAGGUUUCUUGAUAACAAAUAGUAAAAUACAUGUUUAUACCCUGAAUAAAUUAAGCUGUAUAUUUUUAUCUUUUUCAAAAUGAUUUUGCUGGUUUAAAUGAAUAAUAAAUAUCAUUGCACUUUAACUUAUUUUCUU